CCCCCCACCCCGAUAAAUGGGGGCCCCACGAGGGAGGGACACGGAGCGGCCCCACCACCACCGGACACAGCAUGGCCUGGGCCCGCCCCGGGCUGAUGGCGGCGUCGCUCCUGCUGCUGCUGCUGCUGCUGUGCUCAGCCACCACCGCUGCCCCUCCGCCCCUCGCCCCGCCCUGGGCCCCCUGACCCACCUCCGAGGUUACCUGGGCCACGUGGGCAAGGCGGCUGAGAACCUCCUGGAGCGCCUCAGCCUCCCCGCGGCCCAGCAACGGAUCCGGGUCGCGUACGAACAGGGCUCGGCAGCCGUGGUCACCUACACCGGGAUCCUCACGGACCAGCUCUACCACUGGUGGCAGGGGGAGCAGUGACCCCCCCCACCUCCGAAACUGGGGGACACCCCCCCGGUGUGUAUGUCCCCACUCUGGCGUGUGUGUCCCCUCCUUAAUAAAGGCACCAGCCCUGGGGGUCUCGGG